UGAGUUUGAAGUCUGAACCCCCUUUUAACCCCUUACAAUAAAGAAGUUAAGGCUAUUUAAAGUUGUAAGUACUGUCGGAUCUAAUCCACUAAACUGUGCCAUAGCUAGUGGCUUGUCUGGAGAGUCCUGAUCUUGACCUGCUUUUUGAUUGGCACACAGUCUUGUGACCGAACUGGAACCCACCUGGACUUUUUUUAGGAACAAAAACUCAUGACAUUUUGUCAUGCUUUUAUUUCAUAUUUCCCCAAACAUACAAGCUUCUUUUGAUAACUUUUGCACCACAAAGGCAGGGUAUAACACAAGGAGGACUGUAAUGUCAGACAUAACCACCAGAGAGCACAGUAGUCUGGAGAUGCCUCCUCUUUCAGUUAGUCUGUGGGUGUCACACUUCUCUUAUCAGCACUCUGAAUAUUCCAUAGCUGUGUUUUGUGUUAUGACUUGACUCUGCAAGGCUGGAUUUGUUUUUUCUUGGCUCUAUUUAGUUUGUGUAGCUGUUUUGAACACAGUGGCUCCUUUCACAGGAAACGAGCAGAAGAGCUCUUAAAUGACUUUAAAAAGUGGACAGACGUUUUUUCUUUUUUUUUUCCACUGAAGCUCUAGAACAGAACAGAACAGUACAUGAACAGGAAGCUUAACUUUACGCGGUUAACCAACCAUUGCAGAGCACUUGACUGCAUACAGGAAGUGCCUAUCAUUGAUGUCUAGGCUGAAAAACGGUUGCCUGUGGACAUUCUUUCUCAAACACUGAGACAUUUGUCUUAAAAAUGGCCCAAGGAAAAGAUCAGUCUUUUGCCAGCCGCUUAAUCCACAAAUAUCUAAAGAGUGGACAGGAGCACAAGGUACAGGAGAGUGAAGUGCCUUCUGUCUCUGAGUUUACCAUCAUAUGGGAUAAGCGGAUGAAAGAGUUCUUAGCUAAAGCCAAAGAAGAUUUUUUAAGAAAAUGGGAGUGUCCUCCACAGUGCACAACAAGCCUGGAUGAUUUUGAGAGGUUUAAAACUUUGGGUACUGGCUCCUUUGGACGGGUAAUGCUUGUGAAACACAAAGCAACCAACCAGUUCUAUGCCAUGAAGAUCCUGGACAAACAAAAGGUGGUGAAACUAAAGCAAAUAGAACACACUCUGAACGAAAAGAGAAUACUUCAAGCUGUGUCCUUCCCCUUCCUCGUCAGACUGGUGUAUGCUUUUAAGGACAACUCAAACCUCUACAUGGUCAUGGAAUAUGUGCCCGGCGGAGAGAUGUUCUCCCAUCUCAGACGCACUGGGCGGUUCAGUGAACACCAUGCAAGAUUUUAUGCAGCUCAGAUAGUGCUCACGUUUGAGUACCUUCACUCUUUAGACCUCAUCUACAGAGACCUGAAACCCGAAAAUCUGCUCAUAGAUCAACAUGGAUAUAUCCAGGUCACAGACUUUGGCUUUGCCAAGCGAGUAAAGGGCAGGACCUGGACAUUGUGUGGGACUCCUGAGUACCUUGCUCCAGAGAUCAUCCUCAGCAAGGGCUACAACAAGGCUGUGGACUGGUGGGCACUUGGAGUCCUCAUCUAUGAGAUGGCUGCUGGUUACCCCCCGUUUUUUGCAGACCAGCCUAUCCAGAUCUAUGAAAAGAUUGUGUCCGGCAAAGUUCGAUUCCCCUCCCACUUUAGCUCUGAUCUGAAGGACCUGCUGAGGAACUUGUUACAGGUAGACCUGACGAAGAGAUUCGGCAACCUCAAAAAUGGUGUGAAUGACAUCAAAAACCACAAGUGGUUCUCCACAACAGACUGGAUUGCAGUCUACGAGCGAAAGAUUGAAGCUCCCUUCUUGCCCAAGUGCAGAGGACCCGGAGACACGAGCAACUUCGAUGACUACGAAGAGGAGGACAUCCGUGUCUCGCAAACAGAAAAGUGUGCAAAAGAGUUUGCAGAUUUCUAGUGAAAGUCCUGAUGGUCGGGGAGGGGGGGUGGGGGGGGCUCUGGUGUUUCUGGACUGAGUUGGGAGUUAAAGUGGAAACGAGGCCAUUGCGUGCUUAAAACAAUUGCAGACAAAACGUCCACACAGCUGAAUGAGGUAUUUUUUGCCAUGGUCCUGCGUGCAGUUAAAUCUGACCCACACACAGGCACAUUAUGCAGACACCCCCUUGUGCUGCAACACUCUGUACCAAACCACCUUGUUAUCAUCGUUUGUCUUUAAUUGUCUGUGUUUGCCACUUUUGGGUGUCUUCCCUCUCCUUAUUUAAGUUCCAUGCGCAACGCAACAGGAAAACUACUUUUCAUCUGAUUUCAAAGAGGCACAAAGAGCGACCGUAUUAGCUGGUGUUACUCAUAUUUAGGCUUAGCGAGAAUGAAAGGGACUGUUUUACGUUUUUUAUUAUUAUUAUUAUUUGUCCGUUACAUGCCAGAGUGUCUUGUAGCUUUAAAUUCAGAAUCAACACUGUAAUCUUUCAUGAUUAAGACCUGGAUUCAUGCACACUGUACUGCAGUCUUAGACAAAAACACUGGAAAUUUUUACUUUUUCUUGGCCAAACAAAUACAUAUAAAGUGGAAAGAGAGAUGCUGAUAUUGUUCUCAGUUUUACCACUCCAGUAUUCGAUUCUCAGAAAUGAAACGGUGAAUCUGGUCAAAAAGUUUUAUUUAUUUUUAAAAUUUUGUUUAAUUAUUGGAUUGGAAGUGUACAUUUUUCACAUGCACGACUAUUAACUCACAGGUAAAGGACCUAAAGAAUAAGUAGCUUUUUGGUAUGUUUCAAAGACGACUUGUUUGAUGACAUUUUCAAUAGUUGAAAGGUCACUCCAAGAGGUUAUCUUUCUGAUAUAUCAUGGAUGUGAAGCUAUGUUGCUCAUGUGGACAGACUUUGUCCUCUUUGGUUUGUGCUUUUUUUAACUGCUUUGUUUGAGCAGAGCACACCUCAUCCAUUAAACAUUUCAUCUUAUUUUUUAACUUGCAUUUUUAUGAUUGUACAGCAGUGUCGUGUCAUGCUACCACAAUGUCUUGUUGUGUUGUUUUUGGUUUGUGUGUUCUUUUUUUUUCUUCCACUCAACUUGUGUCACAGCUUGAGGCAUUAAAGCAGUAGAUGAGUUGUUUUGAUCUCCCUGGCAUAAUCCACUUGAAGCAAAAGUGAAGCACUUAACUGUCAUGAUAGCAGAAAAAGGAUAUAUCAUAUCGUAUUUAUUCAUCUUGUUCAGCUCUUGUUUUAUCCAUAUGCUUAGUCUGUGUAUAACUUGUAGUCUCAUCACUUGCACUGUGACAGGACAAUAUCUAUUCAGUCUGUUUUAUCAGGCUGCAUAAGGUAUUUUCAAAUAAAUAAAAUAUAUAUAUCUAUUUAAA